AAGGCUUUCCGACCACUUAUGGCUCCCACAAGACUCCGGCUUCCGUUGAUAUUGAAUUGUUAUAUUACCCGGAUUUCGAGGCAAAGAGUAAAGAAUACGAAAAGACACUAAAUCUGGAAAAGUCUGUAACUUUGAGAAUGAAUGGGAAAGACAUUCUGUGGACGCUAUGGUUCAAUACAAGGCCGGGACCGGCGCUCAUAU